GUAUCCAAAAGAUACAACGCCAAGUUAAGGGUUAAAAGUUAACUUAUUAAACAAUAUGCCUCUAUAUGGUCAAGUUAUCAUUGGACCUCCUGGUUGUGGAAAAACUACAUAUUGUGAUGAAAUGAGCAAGUACUUACAAGAAUUAGGUAGACAAGUAGCUAUAAUCAAUAUAGAUCCAGCUAAUGAUUCAUUAUGUUACAAAGCAGCAAUUGAUAUAUCAGAACUUAUUACUGUUGAAGAUGUCAUGGAUUAUGUAAAUUUAGGACCCAAUGGAGCUUUGAUUUAUUGUAUAGAAUACUUGGAAAAGAGGCUUGAUUGGUUAUUGGAAAAAAUGAGGAAACUGACUGAUUAUUAUUUAUUUUUUGAUUGUCCUGGACAGGUAGAAAUAUACACUCAUCAUAACUCAAUGAAAAAUAUUAUGUCUGCAAUUAAAAAUGAAUUAGAUUUGCGAUUAUGUUGUGUUCAACUCAUCGAUUGUCAUUAUUGUAGUGAUCCAGGUAAAUACAUAUCAGCACUUUUAAUGUGUACAUCUACUAUGUAUCAAAUGGAAUUACCUCAUAUAAAUAUAUUAUCAAAAAUAGAUAUAGCUGUUAAACACAAGUCUAAGCUAUUAUUCAAUUUAGAUUAUUAUACAGAUGUAUUAAGUCUUGAUCAUUUAUUAGAUGCGUUGCAAAAUGAUCCUCACACUUCUAGAUAUCAUCGUUUGAAUAAAGCUAUAGUUAGUCUAAUUGAGGGGCAAAAUAUUGUUUCAUUUCUACCACUUAAUGUGAAGGAUAAACGUACAUUGGAAUUGGUGAAAAAGAACAUUGAUAGAGCUAAUGGAUACAUUUUUAAACCUGAAGAGAAUCGGAAUGCUGAAAUGUUAAAUUCAGUUAUGCAACUGGAUAUUAACGAUUUAACUCUUGAUGUCUUAGAAGAUUUACCUAAACCCAAUACAUUAGAUUAAAUGAUAUAAAAUUAAAUUCAUUUUAUUUACCUUGUAUAAUACUAUAGAAGUUUUGUACAA